AUGGCAGCCGGGAGCCGGCCCGGGGGGGCCCUGCUGCUGCUGCUGCUGCCUCUGAUGCUGCUGCUGCCGGCGGCGGGCGGCGGGUGCGCGGCGGAGAGCGGCCCGCUGGAGCCCUUCGAUGCGCUGUACGCCAGCGGGGUGGAGGCGUACUACGGCGGGGACUUCGCGGGCGCGGCGCGCUGCCUGGAGCGGGCGCUGCGCAGCCGGAGGGAGCUGCGGGCGGCGCGGCUGCGGUGCCGCCGGCUGUGCCGAGCGCAGGUGCGGCUGGCGGAGCCGGGCCCCGGUGCCGGUGGGGAUCUGCCGUUCUUCGGCUCGGUGCUGCGGCGCGCAGACUGCGUGCGGCGCUGCGAGGAGCCGCUCCUGGGAGCCGUGUCCCGGCACCGCGCCGCCGAGGAGGUGCGCGCCGACUUCCAGCGCAGGGUGCCCUACAGCUACCUGCAGCGAGCAUACAUCCAGCUGAACAAGCUGGAGGAGGCAGCAAAUGCAGCUCACACCUUCUUCAUGGCAAACCCAGAGCACAUGGAGAUACAGCAGGACCUCGAGAACUACAAGACCAUGUCAGGGAAGGUCAGCUUGAUUGACCAGGAGGCCAGGCAGCACAUGGAGGACUACAGUGCUGGGGUGAGGCACUAUGACAGGGAAGAGUACGAGCUGGCCAUUGAGUUCUUGGAGCGUGCCUUGAGAGGAUACUACUCUGAGGAUGAGGAUUGCCAGAUCAUGUGCGAGGGACCGCAGAGAUUCGAGGAGCACGAGUACCUGGAUUACAAGGCUGGCCUCUACGAAGCUAUUGCAGAUCACUACAUGCAGGUGCUGGCCUGCAAGCACGACUGUGUGCGGGAGCUGGCCACGCGCUCGGGCCGCAUCUCGCCCAUCGAGAACUUCCUGCCCCUCCAUUACGACUACCUGCAGUUUGCCUACUACAGAGUUGGUGACUACGUAAAAGCCCUGGAGUGUGCCAAGUCCUACCUGCUGUUCCACCCGGAUGAUGAGGAUGUCCUGGAGAAUGCAGGUUAUUACGAGGGUCUCUUGGAAGGUACAGUGGAUCCAGCCACCAUCAAACCCAGAAAGGAGGCCAGAACGCUGCUGCGGCGCCACAAGCUGGAGUCUCACCUGUUGCAGGUGGCGGCAGCCGGCCUGGGAUACGCCUACACGGAGCCGAACUACUGGAACAGGUACGGCGCCCGCCAGGACGAGCACAGUGUCCCAUCAAGUAUCAGCAGUGAGCCAGAGGAUGGGCCCCGGCUGUCCCUGACAAAGAAACCCAUGCCAAAGCCAGAUCGAGAGCUCAAGGAGGGGGGCCCUCUUCUCUACAGCGAUGUGAAGUUUGUCUACAACUCUCAGCAGCUGAAUGGCACGCAGCGAGUGCUGCUGGACAACGUCAUCUCGGAGGAGCAGUGCCGGGAGCUGCACAGGGUGGCCAGUGGGAUCAUGUUGGCUGGAGAUGGUUACAGGGGCAAAACCUCCCCCCACACCCCAAAUGAGAGAUUUGAAGGAGCCACUGUCCUCAAAGCCCUCAAGUAUGGCUACGAGGGCCGAGUGCCCCUGAAGAGUGCCCGGCUGUUCUAUGACAUCAGUGAGAAGGCUCGCAGGAUCGUGCAGUCCUACUUCCUGCUCAACUCCACGCUCUACUUCUCCUACACGCACCUGGUGUGCCGCACCGCCCUGUCCGGCCAGCAGGAGCGGAGGAAUGAUCUGAGCCAUCCCAUCCAUGCUGACAACUGCCUCUUGGACCCCGAGGCCAACGAGUGCUGGAAGGAACCUCCUGCCUACACCUUUCGGGAUUACAGUGCCCUCCUGUACAUGAACGCAGAUUUUGAAGGUGGCGAGUUCAUUUUCACCGAGAUGGACGCCAAAACUGUGACAGCCUCCAUCAAGCCCAAGUGUGGGAGGAUGAUCAGCUUCUCGUCGGGCGGUGAGAACCCCCACGGGGUGAAGGCGGUCACCAAGGGCCAGCGCUGCGCUGUGGCUCUCUGGUUCACCUUGGACCCUCUCUACAGAGAGCUGGAACGAAUCCAGGCUGAUGAAGUGAUUGCAAUGUUGGACCAGGAGCAUCUAGGACCCAGUGAAAUGAACAUCAACCCAAAGGAUGAGCUAUGAACUAGGCCAAAGACUUUUUCUAUUAAAUAUUUAUUUAAUAUUGUUAAUCUUAUUAGAACCCUUCUAUUUUUGUACAGAGAUGCUGUAUAAAUUAACAGGUUAAUAUGAUUAUGGAGUUUCAGGAAUGUCUCUUCUGUGUUUAGCACAGCUUUUGCUGGAACCCUCAUCCCUGUGCCAGCAUCUCCUGGUGGGGCUGACUGCUUCCAGAAUACCCUGUUUUUCUCUAGCACUUCUCAGGACUCAUUCAGGCCCACUCUACCCCCUUGGAAAACCUAUUUUCUUUCUUUCUCAACCAAAAAUAGCUGCUUCUCUUUAGCAUCUGCUGGAGAAAAGUCUCAGGUGUCCUAAUGCACCAGUCCCCCUGCUCCUACUUCCUGCUAGGGGAAACUGGAGCACAAAAACUGGAGUUAUGACUGUCUCUCACCACUUGAAAUAUGCCUUUUAUGGGAAAAAACAAAGGAAAAUCCAAGUCCUAGCAAAAUGGAGAUACCUCUGUAGCCAUGCAAAGCUGGUGUUUGGGCAUUAAUUCCGAGCAGAGCUUCCGGAAAUCAGCUGCUGAGCAGGGGCACAAGCUGUGCACAGGCAUGGAGGGAUGUGAUUUGCAGCUGACUCCUGGGCAAGAUAAGGGGAACUCUGUGGAAAGAGAAAUACUCAGACUGUCAAGAGGGAACUAUUACCACCCAGAAAAUGCUGGAAGAGUCAUUUGCUGCACCUCCUCCAAUGCUGCAUCUGCAGAGGAAAAGGCUCUGAGCAUUUUUAAACCACCAGUAUUACUUAUUCCUUUGUUGUUAUCUCCCUUCUUCAUAGAUUGUUGAAAAGAUUCAUCAAGUUGGCUCCCCAAAGAGCUGCCCACAGGUCUCUGCCUUUAAAGAGCCUUUCCUGCUUAAAUACUUCUUCUGUAAAUGCUGAACUCCAUCUCCCUUUUCAAAGCCAGAGGAAAAGCUGGGGAGAAGGGGAGGGCAGCUGUUCAGUUUGGAGAGCUGACCCCCAUUUCAUUGCCCCUCCACGUGCACCAUGCUGCUGCAUCCAAGGCUUGACUCUGAAUGCUGCACCUUCCUUGUGGGUGUGUGCUGCCAUCCCCAACAGCCCCUGCCCAAGUGCAUCCUGCAGAGCUGCCCCUCGGUGCCCCAGCCCUCCCAGGGAUCCCACCAGCUCCUUCCCCUGCAAGGAGGUGCAGGGCUGGCACAGGCCAUGGUUUGUUUGUUGCUGUGGUGGUUAGCCAGAGCUGUGUCUAAAUCCAGGGAAAAUAAACUAAACACAUCUGGG